AAGGCUGUCAGCACCACCCGUGGACCUCCCCAAUCUCGGAGUCAUCAUCAGUUAGCAGACAGAUCAUGAUCAUGAUCCCAAAAAGGGCCAUUCAUAGAAGCGAAGUGUGCCCAAUAGUAGCAGAAACAGUCAGCGAGGCCAGCCUGUGGCGGUGAACACGCAAGCUGGUGAGCUGUCAUUUUUACGAACCGCAACUGCAACUGCCAGAUGCACAACUGCGAUCGCGGGCUCUCCGUAUGCCGUGCAACCCACCCCCUCUUCGUUGCGCCAGCGUGGCUCUGCUGCUGCGUUUUCCCAUGCUGGCGGGUAUUGACGUCGGGAAGUCGAGCUACCUAUCAAAAGAAAAGCGGCGUAGAAACGCUGAUCUGUCAUCCACGCUGUCCAGAACCCACGGACUGGAGUGGAGGUGAGCGGGAGGAGUCGUCGGGGAGUUCAGGAAAGGGCUCGACGGGAACCGACGACUGGUUGCGCUGGCUCGCGGCGACAACAGCGGCAUGUGCGAAAAUGCUAGUGAAGCUCCCGCGAUAUGCUAGGGCUGCUUGUGCUGGUGUUUGUUGUUUUUCAUGUGUCAGUAGCGGAGCUUGCCCGCGCGGGGCGUCUGAAGAGCCACAAGCGGAAAGCGGCGAGCGGCACCGGAGUAGUGAGGCUUCAGCGAGAGCCCGACUGACAACAGUCGACCACGAGAGCCCAAUCCAAAUCACAUGUUUAUUCCGCGUGAAUUAUUCCGCCUACCAAAGACCCUACGAAGGCUCUGCCCGAAAGCACGCGGGAAAUCUCCUGCUAGAAAGGCUGACUGUGGGUACCACAAGAACAUAGCCCGCUGCCAAGUUCUAUGCCCCACGUUCUUUCGCAAUAACUUCAAAAAAUGCCGUCCCCCACUCUCCACCACAUACAGACGGAGGAAAUGUGGAGCCGGUACUUUAUCGCCAGCAUCCUCCCAAAGACGCUGCAUGAAUCAUAGAUCCGAGGGUAGGCCGGGGAAAUGUGGAUUUCGGCUGUCGUCG